GCACUCGCUCACUGCUGCACCGAUACACACAGUGUGAGUGGCUGCGAGCAGCAUUUCACUCGCCAACAUGCGACAGACAGAGGGCAUAUUCAUUUAAAGAGGGAACAAAAUCAAACGAAAUGAACUUCGGGCAAAUGGUGCGUUAACGAAGAGGAACGUUAUUUGUUUUUUCCCCCCGUUUUCUCUGGAAAACCUCCAGCGCCGGGCGACCAUGUCGGGGAAAAUAGAGAGCAAACACGACUCUCAGAGGUCUCAUAUCUCAACAUUCACCAUGAAGUUGAUGGAUAAGUUCCACUCGCCCAAGAUCAAGCGCACGCCAUCCAAGAAGGGCAAACAGAGUGCUCCCGAACCGGCUGUCAAGAGCACCGAGAAACCUGUUAAUAAGAAGGUGAGCCGACUGGAAGAGCAGGAGAAGGAGGUGGUGAGUGCACUGAGAUACUUUAAGACCAUCGUGGAUAAGAUGUCAGUGGACACCAAAGUGCUCCAGAUGCUGCCUGGGUCUGCUAGCAAAGUCCUAGAGGCCAUUCUGCCCCUCAUGCAAGUGGAGGCAAGGAUCCAACACAGCUCUGCCGUAUCAUCCUGUCAUAAUCGUGUUUAUCAGAGUUUGGCGAAUCUCAUUCGCUGGGCUGACCAAGUGAUGCUGGAGGGCAUCGACCUAGAUGACAAAGAAACCGUGGCAACUGUUACUGCAGUGAUAAAGGCCGUGCUGGAUGGAGUAAAGGAGUUGGUGAAACUCACCAUAGAAAAACAUGAGCAGCCAUCCCCAACGUCACCGAGCAAGCCAGCACUCCCUGUAGCCAAAGCAGAGAGCGUGUGUGAGAUGCCUCUAACUGAGCGGGAAAAGGAGAUCCUCAGCAAGACCACGCCCACGGAUAGCUUGACGAACAUCUCAGAAGAGGAAGUAGCGCCGCCCAAACCUCCUCUACCAGGGUUGAAGUUAGCAGAGCACAGCCCACCUGCUCUGCCUCCAAAGAAGCGCCAGUCCACCUCCUCGCCCACCCGCAUAGCUGUGGUAGCACCCAUGAGUAGAACGAACUGUGGCCUCAACCUGCAGCAUGGGGCUCUCAAACAGCAGCAGGAGUAUGAGGCAGAACUACUACAGAGGCGCUUCUCUGGCAGCAGCCAAUCAUAUGGUGAGGAUUCACCUCGCCUCUCGCCCUGCAGCAUUAUGGGAAAACUGAGCAAAUCAGACGAGCAGCUUUCCUCACUGGAGAGGGACAGCGGCCAAUGCUCACGUAACACUAGCUGUGAGACGCUUGACAACACAGAUGGAUAUGACCCCGACUACGACUUCCUCCAUCAGGACCUCUCCGUGUCAGAGCCUUUGCCAUUUCCCACGGUUCCCAGCAGCUGCCUGAGCCCCCUCCCAGAAUGCCUCAGUGAGACCAUCCCCAUGAUGUCUCCUGGUCCAGCACAACCCCGCUUCAGUGCCCCUGUAGCCCCCCUCUACGCUGCAGAAGCAUCCAACGGAGAACGGCCCCCUGCGCUUCCACAGAAAAAGAGGCGUUCAGCUCCCAUCCUGUCAUCCUGCCAGCUCUAUGAAUUCCGCCCCUCUGAUGAAGUCACGCCCACUUUGACCAACGGCACUGAAUUUUCAUCCCCAAGCGACAGCCCUCCACCUCUGCCAGAAAAGAAGUGCAGAACGAUUCUCCAGUAUAUGCAGUUUGUGGAGGAUUACUCAGAACCACAGCCAUCCGUAUUCUAUCAGACCCCUCAAAGUGAGAGAAUCUAUGAACAGCGCAGGAACAAACGAUUCCAAGAAGUUUAUGGGUCCAACGACAGCUAUGAGAGUCCACCUCCUCCAGCCCUGCCACCCAAACAGCGGCAACUGAGUGAGAGUGCAAACGAUGAAGGUGUAGAAGGAGAAGGAGAGUAUGUGAACCUGUACACUACCUCACAGGCUAAUGGAGAUAGCACACACCAUUCGGACCCGCUCACACACUGUGAUAUAAUUCAUGACUCUACUGCUCACAUACCACUGCCCAAGGAAGGAAGCAAGGAAGCUUUGGCCAAAGAGAGGUUGAAGUCAACAGACUUGAGCCCUGUCAAAGAGGAGGUUGAUGAGCUUUCUCUCGUUGAUCACAAAGAGAUCAUGAGUCGCAUCACUCUUAAAGCUGAGGGGGAUGAUGGCCCUGACGUCAGAGCCGGCUCAAGCGAUAUUCUCUUAGUUCAUGCUACAGAGACAGAUCGCAAAGAUCUGGUGUUAUACUGUGAAGCUUUUUUAACUACAUACAGAACAUUCAUCACUCCUGAAGACCUCAUCAAAAAACUACAUUACAGAUACACUCAUUUCUGCCAUAGUCCAGACACAUUUAAGAAGCGCGUCAGUAAGAACACUUUCUUCGUGCUGGUGCGGGUGGUGGAUGAACUCUGUGUGGUGGAGCUGACAGAAGACAUCCUCCGGCAGCUGAUGGAUCUUGUGUUCCGGCUGGUAUGUAACGGUGAGCUGAGUCUGGCUCGUGUCCUUCGCAAAAACAUUCUGGAUAAAGUGGAACAGAAGAGGCUGCUGCAGCACACACACAUCCUCCAACCGUUAGCGGCACGAGGGGUCUCGGCUAGGCCAGGCACACUGCAUGACUUUCGCAGCCAUGAGAUUGCUGAUCAGCUUACACUUCUGGAUGCAGAGCUCUUCUACAAGAUUGAGAUUCCAGAAGUUCUUUUGUGGGCGAAAGAGCAGAAUGAGGAGAAGAGUCCCAAUCUGACUCAGUUUACAGAGCACUUUAACAACAUGAGCUACUGGGUGCGCUCGAUAAUCAUCCAGCAGGAGAAAGCUCAGGACAGAGAGAAACUUCUGCUCAAAUUCAUCAAGAUCAUGAAGCAUUUGAGGAAGCUGAACAACUUUAACUCGUACUUGGCCAUCCUGUCAGCUUUGGACUCUGCGCCAAUCAGAAGGCUUGAGUGGCAGAAGCAGACAUCUGAAGGAUUGGAGGAGUACUGCACCUUGAUUGACAGUUCAUCCUCUUUUCGGGCUUAUAGAGCGGCACUGGCUGAGGUGGAGCCUCCCUGCAUCCCUUACCUCGGGUUGAUCCUGCAGGACCUGACCUUUGUACAUCUGGGAAAUCCAGAUCUGAUUGAUGCGAAAGUGAACUUCUCCAAGCGCUGGCAGCAGUUCAACAUCCUGGACAGCAUGAGGCGCUUCCAGCAAGUACACUACGAGCUGAAGAGGAACGACGACAUUGUGGCGUUCUUCAACGACUUCGGUGACCACUUGGCCGAGGAGGCACUGUGGGAGCUUUCACUGAAAAUCAAACCACGCAACAUUACACGCCGCCGGACUGAGCGUGACGAGAAAACCUAGAGAAUGUUCCUAAAGCGAGAGAAAAUGCCUCUAGAAACUGUUCCAAGAGAUCACAGAGGGAAUGAUGGGAAACCUGGAGUUUUCAGAGAGGAAAAGAGAAGGGGGGGGGAAAAACAGGCAAGACUUUAAUGAACAGAGGCAAUAUUCUCCAAGAGAUGAGUAAUAUACUAAUACAUGUGCAUAUAUAUAUACACACACACUGGAAGACUUAAGUUGUAUAUUUCAACUUGUGUAUGAGAGAGCACGAUCUGGAGCUCUUGCUUGUUCAGAGUCACUGUAUCUACAUCAGCGAUGAACACUAAAGAGGCUAACACCAGAAGGUUGGAGUUACCCAUAAUUUCCCACUGCUGGGACUCCCUGUUCAAUAUAAAGUAGGGUGGAAAGGAAACUAAAAGGGGGGGAACCAUGUAAAAUGUGUGUGUGGGGCCCCUUAUUGCCAUGUUUGUGGAGUAGGUACUCCUUCAUGAACUCCUUGUGUUGCCAGGCAACAAAUUACGUGACCUUUCAAGUGUGUUGUUGUUUUUUUUAACUCCUCUUUUUGGCAUCAUCUGUGUGUGAUGUAUUGUAUAUGAUAAGCAUAUGAUGAUGUACAGGUGCAUAUUCUCACCUAUAAAUAAGAGAUCUGUUUCUUUAUUUUGAACUAAAUUUAUGCACUAAAAAAAGAAAACAAGCAAAAACACAAGGACUGAACAUGCUGUGAUCUCUGUAAAUGUGGAUGUAUGGUUGCGUACUCGCAAAAAUGCUUGCAAGUGCCAUCAAAAGAAAAGCUGUGCGUGCGCGCACAUGCAGGCAUGUCUGUCUCACUUAUGUUUACUGACACCUGGGAACGAACUCAUUUUUCUCACCACAUAUUGUGCUUUUUUCCCCCCGAAUAAAACUAAUUUCUAUGUA